GACUGAUGUAGGAGUGGUUUCUCUUUCUGACCGGAGCGAAACCAUCGCAAGCGACCGCUGCUUCACUAUAAUCCGAGAAGAAGAGCAGGAAGAAGAAGAAGAAGAAGAAGAGGAAGGAGAAGAGGAGGAAUAAGCUCUUUCACUCAUGCGCCGUCUCUCACAGCGUGUGUGAGGAGAGAGAGAACAGAGUCAUCGAGGAUCGUCUGAACACAGCUGUGAUGUGCCGUGAUUGAAGGAUCUGCCCUGUUACACACUCACACACUCGUCGUGGGAUCUCUCUCACACACACACACACACACACACACAGUCGUCUCAGCAUGCUGGCGCUCCUGUUGUGUGCUCUGCUGGCUCUUCACGCUGACGCUCUUGACAUCCGUGUCCCAGAAUCCCCUGUGGUGGCUCUGUUCGGGACGGACGCGGUCCUCAACUGCUCUUUCUCAGGCGUCUCAGAGUUCAAUCUGUCUGACCUGAGUGUGUUCUGGCAGCUCUCGGACACCCAGCGCACCGUUCACAGCUUCUCGCAGAGCCGCGAUCAGCUGAUCGAUCAGGAGGAGCGCUUCUCCAACCGCACCAGCCUGUUCCCAGACCAGCUUCCGGCCGGGAACGCUUCGCUGCUGCUGAGGAGAGUGUGUGUGUCCGAUGAGGGAAGCUACUCGUGUUUCGUCAGGGUUCAGACGUACGGCAGAGGAGCCAUGCUGAUGCAGGUCGCAGCUCCGUUCUCCAAGCCGCUGGUCACCUGGGGCCCAGAGUCGGCCCUGAGGCCCGGUGAUGCGGUGGCCCUCAGCUGCGAGGCGUCCGGAGGUUAUCCUGAAGCACAGGUGCUGUGGCAGGACGGGGCCGGACGCAAUCUGACCGACAACAUUACCAUCUCACAGGUGGCCAACGAGGAGGGUCUGUUCAGCGUGAAGAGCGUCCUGACGGUGAUCCUGGAGCCCAACAGCACUUACAGCUGCAGACUGAUCCACCCGCUGCUGGGAGAAGAAGGACAGGCGUCUGUCACCAUCAGCGCUCAGGGUCUGGUGUUUCCUCCGCUGGCGCUCUGGCUGACCGUGGCUCUGGCUGUGUGUUUGCUGGCUCUGCUGGUCGCUCUGGCAGUCAUCUGCUGCAGGAAGAUCAGAGAGAGCUGUGAGGAGAUGAGAGCUGAGGAAGAAGCCAAAGAACUCGAGGAAGCCAAAGAACUCGAAGAAGCCAAAUCAGGUCGAGGCUGCACCAUCGGUGAUUGACAUGAGCAGAAACCUUCCGUCUGUUCCAGCAUCAUCUCACAAGGGAUUCACUCUCACGUGUUUCACGCACAGAUAAUACAACUUUUGCCGUAUCACUUCAUUGAUUAGAGCUCCUCUGCCUCAUUUCUGAACACCAUCAGGAGCGAUACACUCAUCCAGUCCUCGCGUGUUAAAGGGAAAUCAUCUUGAGGAGCAUUGGGUCUGACACCAGGGCCGCGUCAGGACAGAUGCUCGGACCGAGUGGAAAGUGAGUAGUUUUAGAAAGCAGCGGCGAAGCGUCAGCUUUUCCCACCCGCUCCGUCCCGGCCUAAUUAAUGCCUGCCCUGAACAAGCCUUUUUUGUAGCUGUCAGCGUCUGCCGGCUCCACAGAAAUCCAAUAACUUCAGCGAGCAGUUUCUGUGGAGCACCAGUGAAGCUCCAGCAAACUCCAAACUCCACUGCAUUCUGAAAUAAGUUGUCAGGUACUUUGAAAUAUUGCAUAUAUUGGAAUUCGAAAUGUGUCAAAAUAAUCGGAGGCCUUACUGCAAACACAUUGUGCCUGUCUUUUAUUACAUAUAGAAAUUAAAAUGGUUUUCACUCCUA